UCCGUCCUAAAUCAGUAUAUGAAAUUGACCUCAGGAAAUGAUUGUUGUCAGGAUAGUGAAUACCUCGAAUCCUCUCCUGAAGAAGUAGGAUUUAUUCAGUCACCUGAGAAACCUCCUGAAGUGCUCAUGUGUCAAGGUGACCCAGAGGGACAUCCAAAAAGUAAAUUUGUAACGAUGGUUUCUACGAGUAAUAAAAGUGGGAAACCUAGUCAGAACUCUGAGCCUGCUGCACAUCAAAUAAUCCACUCUGGAGAGAAACCUUAUGAAUGUAAACAAUAUGGAAAGGCUUUCACACAGAGGAGUCAACUUACUGCACAUCAGAGUAUCCGUACUAGAGUCAAACUUUAUGAUUGUGAACAAUGUGAAAGGACUUUCAUAGAUGAGGGCUCUCUUGCUGAGCAUCAGAGCAUCCACACUGAAGAGAAACCUUAUGAAUGUAAACAAUGUGGAGAGGCUUUCACACAGAGGAGUCAACUUACUGCACAUCAGAGUAUCCAUCCUAGAAUCAGACUUUAUGAGUGUAAACAAUGUGGAAGGACUUUCAUAGAUGAGGGCUCUCUUGCUGAGCAUCAGAGCGUCCACACUGGAGAGAAACCUUAUGAAUGUAGAUACUGUGGAAAACUUUUCAAACAGAGGAAACGGGUUACUAUACAUGAGAGAAUCCACACUGGAGAGAAACCUUUUAAAUGUAAACACUGUGGAAGGGCUUUCAGAGAGAGUGGUACGCGUUCUUUACAUGAGAGAAUCCAUACUGGAGAGAAACCUUUUAAAUGUAAAUACUGUGAAAAGGCUUUCAGAGCCAGAAGCUUGCUUUCUACACAUGAGAGAAUCCACACUGGAGAGAAACCUUAUGAAUGUAAACACUGUGGAAAGACUUUCAAAGAUAAGAGCUCUGUUGUCACUCACCAGAGAAGUCACACUGGAGAGAGACCUUAUGAAUGUAAAUACUGUGGAAGGGCUUUCACACAUGGUGGCCAUCUUAAGAAACAUCAGAGAAUCCACACUGGAGAGAAACCUUAUGAAUGUAAGAACUGUGGAAAGACUUUCAUACAGAGUGUUCAGCUUUUUAUACAUCAGAGAAUCCACACUGGAGAGAAAUCUUUUCAAUGUAAAGUGUAGAAAAUCUUUCACAGAUAGCAGCUCUCUUGCUCAACAUCAGAGCAUCCACAUUGGAUAGAGACUUUGCGAAUAUCGUUCAUUUGGAUAGACUUUCAUAUGAAGCUCUACAGUUGCCACUUUUAGAUUAUUUAACUUAAGAAGAUCCACACUUUAGAGAAACCAGGAAUAUGAUGAACAUGGUAAAUCUUUCAGGCAAAUCCCAAGGAAGAUUUCCUUUUUGAUAGAAAUCUUAUUAGUUAUUAAUUAGGAAAGACAUUGAAAUGAAGACUUCAGAGCAUGUUCAAUAUGAGAAAAUAUCUUCUGACCAGAUUAGUUCCAGAUGGAUUCCGUCUAGAAAGCCUUUCAGCCAGAGAUCAUAUCUUACUUCAUACCAGAGGAUUCACAGUGCAGAAAAACCUAAUGAAUGUGCUCAAGUUGUAUGUGUUUUCCUCAAGAGGAUGAUCACUAUCAUUUAGGGAAAUACAAAUUAUAAUACAGCUGAGGGAUCACCUCAUAUUUAUUAUAUUUGCUAUUAUGUCAGAAAAAGAAAGUGACAAAGGUUGGAGAGGGUGGGAAAAUUGAGAUACUAAUGAACUGUUGAGUGGAGUUAUGAAAUGAUUCAGCCAUUCUGGAGAGAGCAAUUUGGAACUAUGUCCACAGAGCAUUAAAAAACAAAAAGGAAAAGGUGUA